AUGUCGUGUCUGGUGCUGCUGUGUCUGCUGCCCCUUGCUUUGGGGCAGAAUAUCGUCCAGAAUGGAAACAAUGGAUCAUUGGAACUGUUGGAAUAUACAUUAAACCACUAUUACCAAGGGCCCGCACAGACUCUCAAUGGCCUCACGCCUAACGGACGGUAUAAGGUCGAGGGAUGGGUAAAACUGCUCAACGAUAAGGCCGGACAACUGGGACAAAAUAUACAGUUGGAAAUGUAUUUUGACCUUGACACUGGGAAGAAGGCAUACAUCCCUGUUGGCGGCCACCCUCUCGCCAGUUCCUCCGACGGCUGGAUUCAUCUCACUGGAGACUUCAAUGCUCCUUCUGGGGGUAUAAAAUCAUCCACUGUGUACUACCAAGGCCCGUCACCUGGUGUAAACUUUGUGGUCGACUCCGUGUCUGUGACACCCCUGGUAGCCAACACCCACUGGCGUGCAGAAUCUGAUGCCACCAUAGAGAGGAUAAGGAAAAGUGACAUCAACUUUCAUUCUGGUGGCAUUUCCGACAAUCAAGUUGAAAUUGACGUAAUUCAAACCAACAAAUCGUUUGCAUUCGGAACCGCUGUAAAGUGUUGCGAUUAUCUCAAUGGCGACCAGAGAUACAUACCGUUCAUCAACAAGCACUUCAACGGGGCAGUCACAGAGAAUGCUCUCAAAUGGACUUCGUUGGAACCUCAGAAGGGUAACAGCAACUACGACGUGCCAAUCAACACCAUCAAGAAAUUGAGAUCUAAUGGCGUGGAACAUUGGGACGUCAACAACGAGAACCUCCACGGCUUCUGGUACCAGAACACUCUCAACGACAGAGACUACAACCUAGACAUAUUCCGUAACGCUCAUCAAGCUGGUCCCAAUGUUAAAAUGUUCCCCAGUGACUACAGUGUUGUAUUGACUGAGGAACAUCGAGAUACCAUUGCACAAGCUGGCUUUCCUAUCUGGGUCACGGAACUCGAUGUCAUAAAUGCUGAUGAACACAAACGAGCAGACUGGUACGAGAUUAGCUCUCAGGGCGUUCUGUGGUCACCCGGCUGUUUAAGGAGUUAUAUAAACGCAGCCGGUCAACGUUACAUUGACCUCACAAAGAAACAAUGGAUGGCCAACGAAAACCACAUACUCUCGCAAUCUUGCAAGAACUUUAAAGACCGCGGUUUCCAUGGUGAGUACACGAUUAAGGUCAAGGUCAACUUGAAGGAAGUUCCCUCCCUCGCACAGUAA